ACUCAGGCAGCCCGGCAGGCUGUGUGACAGCACCGGGAGGGAUGAGGCGAGUUCAGCGCCGGAGAUUGUCCGUGCUCUGCCUGCUGCUACUGGGAGCUGUCAUAGUGAUAAGAUACUGUUCCUACAUUCCCUUGAUGAUGUGGGACAGAGAACCUGCACUGAAAACGGAAAAUUCCCAGUUCUUGUUAGAAGAGGCGCCCUUCAGGAUCCUAGGAGGCUCCAUGCACUAUUUUCGAGUACCUCGUGACCAGUGGAAGGAUCGCAUGUUGAAGAUGAAGGCAUGCGGUUUAAAUACACUUACUACCUACGUAGCCUGGAAUUUGCAUGAACCAGCAAGGGGGAAGUUUGAUUUCUCUGGAAACCUAGACCUUGGGGCUUUUCUUUCUACGGCAGCUAAUGUGGGACUGUGGGUUAUAUUGCGCCCAGGGCCAUACAUAUGUGCGGAGUGGGACCUAGGAGGGUUACCAAGCUGGUUACUUCAAGACAAAAACAUGGAGCUAAGAACAACUUAUAAAGGCUUUUCCGAAGCAACAGAGGCCUAUUUUAAUGUACUGAUUCCGAAGGUUUCCAGGUAUCAGUAUUCAAAGGGUGGCCCAAUCAUAGCCGUGCAGGUGGAAAAUGAAUAUGGUUCAUAUGCCAAGGACCCAAACUAUAUGGAAUUUAUAAAGACGGCUCUUGUUCAUAGAGGGAUUGUGGAACUGUUAUUGACUUCAGACAACAAAGACGGAAUCAGCUCUGGCAGUGUAGAAGGAGUAUUAGCAACCAUAAACUUCCAGAAGAUUGAACCUGUGCUAUUUACCUACUUGGACUCCAUUCAGAACAAGAAGCCAGUAAUGGUCAUGGAGUACUGGACUGGCUGGUUUGAUCACUGGGGAGGGGACCACCAUGCAUUUGAUGCAGAUCAGAUGAUUUCUACCAUUUCAAAAGUGCUGGAGAAAGGGGCUUCCAUUAAUCUUUAUAUGUUUCACGGCGGCACCAACUUUGGCUUCAUGAACGGAGCUUUGCAUUUCCAUGAGUACCGUGCUGAUGUUACCAGCUAUGACUAUGAUGCGCUGCUCACAGAGGCCGGUGAUUACACUCCAAAAUACUUUAAGCUUCAAAAGCUGCUGAGCAAAUUUUACGUUGAUCCACUUCCACCUCCACCUGCCCUGUCUCCAAAGGCCUUGUAUGGGGCUGUGAAGAUCAUACGCUGUAUAUCUUUUUUGUCUGUUUUGACGUUUUCAGAAAAGCCGUUAAAGUCAGAGGACCCUGUAAAUAUGGAAAACCUCCCAGUGAAUAAUGGGAAUGGCCAGUCCUACGGUUAUACUUUAUAUGAGUCAAUCAUAUAUGGAGGUGGAAAAUUCGACUCCAAGGGGAAUGUUCGCGAUAGAGCUCAGAUUUUUGUGGGGACCCAGUCUGUUGGCACUGUGGAUUAUAAAAACCAUGAGCUGCAAAUUCCCGAAGUCCCAGGUUACAGAAAACUGAGAAUACUGGUUGAGAACUGCGGACGUGUCAACUAUGGACCCAAAAUAAAUGACCAACGUAAAGGUCUUGUUGGCGAUGUGUAUCUUAGAGAUGUGGCACUGAAGAACUUUAGGAUACAAAGUUUUGAUAUGAAUGCUUCCUUUAUAGACAGCCUGUAUUCUGUGCCCUGGAUGGAGCCUACAGAAGAGAAGAAAGGACCUGUUUUCUGUAGAGCCGUCUUAGACACUGGUUCUUCACCCAUGGAUACUUUCCUUAAUAUGAGGGGCUGGAAGAAAGGGGUUGUAUUUGUGAAUAGGAAAAACUUGGGAAGAUAUUGGGAUAUUGGACCACAGGAGACUUUGUUUUUACCUGGAAGCUGGUUAUAUUCAGGGAAGAACGAAAUUGUUAUAUUUGAAGAAUAUGAGCCUGGUUCUACACUAUACUUUGCAGACACUCCGUCUCUUGGAAGAACACAAUUUGUAGAUUAGUUACUCUAGUGUGAAAUCUCUGGAGAGACUAAUGUGGUUUUGGGAACGGACAUUCAUGCAGCCCUUUUCAUCCAAGAAAACAGAGACUCUGGCAUUCAUGUGGUUUGAACCAAUGUCACUGAAGGAACUUGAGCCUUUAGCCCGUGCCCUACUCUGCUUAGCUAUACUACUGCUGAGCAGUCUAAGGCAAGGGGUUAAAGCUCCAGUCUGUUUGGUAGGGGGGGGGGGGGUGACGAUAACAAAGCUCCAGUACUGUACACUGAUUGGUGGUAGAGUGGUUGAGCAGUUUAAGGUGCUGGAUUCAGGUUCUAGUCUAUUUGGAGAUUUGAACCCCACUGCUGCCAAAGGCUCUGUCCCUUUCAUCACAUCCAAGUAAGUGUGACUUGAGGACAAAGGUCUAAUUAUAUAUCUACUUUCACUAUGUGAAAGAGGAAGACUUGACAUUAAAGCCAAAGCCCCCUAAAAUGGAAAGAACUCAAAAAUACACAGAGGGGGUAGAAUUUUAGUGUAGCUCACUAACUACAUGAGGGGCUGGAUUACUAUUUUUUUAUAGACAUGAUGAUUGUACAGUUAAUAGUCUACUACUAGGGAUUUAGCUUUGCUAAAGCUUCACUCCCCUAACUUAAACUUAAUUAACUCAAAAGGAGCUUUACAUGGUCAAGCAUUUAAGAUUUAGCAGAAAGCAAAGCGAAGAUCACAGCCCAUACUGUACCUUGGCCUGUUUCACUGAGAUUCCUCAUGUAUCUGGCCCUUCCACUGUGACCUCUUGAUAUUUUCAGACGUCUAUUUCAGGUACAAGAGCUCCUGCUCUAACUGCGCACUUAAGUUACCAGUACUUUUGCAUUUUUUAUCACAGAAGCACAAUAUUAUAUAAUUACAGUUAUUCUUACAGCAGAGUUAUAGUAUAGGAUGUGCAAGAAUCGUGAAUUGUUCCUCUCCUGGAAUUAUGCUGAUUAUAUUUAAACAUAAGCACCCACAGAUCACCAAUGCCGAUGACCACCAUUUUUAAAACAAUUAGCAGCACGCAUGUGCAGCAAACAGCCCUCUCUUGUGCGUAUGUUGACACUAAUAUUAUUAUGCUUGGAGUAUUUUAUAUUUUACAAUUCUGAGGGUGCUCAUGAUGCCUUUUAUGAUAGUGAGCUGCAGUGCAUUGUGGUUGUUUGAGAUUGUUGGAUCUUUGACAGUGAUCCAUUACAACUUGCACUAAUUAUGGGGAGUGUUGGGUACCUUUAUACAUUAUUUGUUUUUAUAUUUGUAUCUAUAUUUAUAGGGAUUUUCUCUCUUUUGUAUUGUCUCUAGCAGACUUCAUGUGCCUGUGUUUUAGUGGCCUGUAUUGACAAACGCUAGAGAGUCCAGUCAGUGGGAUGUAAGGUACCGUUAUUUUGUGGUUCUCUCCGUAGUCACUUAGGACCUGAUGGUCAAAACUCGCUGGAAUGGAGAGAAAUGGCACAAUAUUUGUAGGGGCUUUUUUUUUAGCAUUAUUGUGUAAUUUAGGUGUUGCCCCUUCAUAUCCAGAACCUGCAUAGCGAGAAAAGCAACUUGCAGGGUACAAUUUGCCUUUAUACAAUUAUUUGAGGGACCUCGCAAUGCUGAUGAGACUUGUUAGAUCACAAGAGCGGGGAGCUUUAGAACAUCGGGCCCUAAGAAAGAAAAAAAAGUGCAAAUUUCAUAACCUAGAAAUCCUGCAAAUCAAAUAGCUGGUUUAGACAAUUUGCAGCAUUAUGACAACCAAGGUUACUGAAUUUGCUUUUAGGCCUUAGUAGGGAGCAUGGGACCAAUCACACUCUGUACACUAGAGGCAAUUAAUUAUCCCUUUGUUUUCUAAGUUAUUUAAGCCAAUCAGAAUAGCUGCUGUUUGAAUUAGUUAAAGGGACAGUCAGCACCUUGUAAUUACAGCAUUUUUCUUCAGUCUUCCAGUCACUUCACAUAUCAGCAGAGUCUGAAGUAUAUUAUAACAGUUUGCACUUUCAUUGGAAACCUGCUGUAAAUUGUCCCUUAACGGCUUCUAAUACUUUCUAUGGGACUCAAAUUUAUCUUCAGCAUCUUGACCCCGACUGCCAAUAGUGUGGUAUAAAGUGCCAUCGGAAGCAGUCGAUACCCAAAAUUGCUACACACAGCAUAUUUAAUGGUUUGUGACCUAGCGAAAAUUACACAGUAAAGUUUCCCUAUCCAGCGAGCUCCAUUAAUUUCAAUAGGAGACAUCUCGCCACUCGCAGGGGCUGCCAUUUUUACAAUAAUUCCACCAGGGCAGCCCCUCCGAGGGUCGGGGGGAAAACACAUCUGAUCUGGUUUAGAUAAUUGGCCCCUUAAUGAGGUCUUGGUUAAACUACUUUGCUUUGCGUGUUCUAACGGAGAGGGCUUUAGAGAAUAUGGAGAAAUCUCUAGUAACUAGCUCACCUGUCUCUCUAGGGCAGGGGUCAGCAACUGUGGCACCCCAGAUGUUUUGGAACUACAUUUCCCAUGAUACUCAGCCAGCCUAAAGAGUUUCUGAGCAUCAUGGGACAUGUAGUCCCAAAACAUCUGGGGUGCCAAGGUUGCUGACCCCUGCUCUAGGGGUUUGUUGUUCUGCUGCACUGAAUCUCCCUUUGUAAAUGGGAAUUAGGGCCAUACUCUGGGUUUGAGAUAUUUGUAUGUUUUUAAAAUGUGAAAUCUUAUUUAGUAAUGAAGUUUACAUUGCUGGUGCAAAAAUGUAAUCAUACAACAUUGAGCAGUUUGGCUUGAGUAAUGGGUUUUUGGUUUCUGUUUGUCACCAGAUUUACAAACGUCCUUAUUCAUUUUUAGAAAUGCUUGAAUAUUUUGUCUGGUAUUAGGCAUAACCUUAGCUUAGCAGCUGUUAACGAGAUAAUAUAAAAAAAUGUUUGACUUUACAACCUUUAUCUGUGAUCGAUCCACAAUAGACACACACAUAUAGUUUUUAAUGUGUACUAAACUAAUUAAUUUACAUCUAUGUCAGACUUCUAUGUUUUAGUUAAUAGAUUUUCUUUAUGGUUUUAAACAAUGCAUUUAUAUAUAGUAUUUCAGUAUUUAAUAUAUUAGAUAUUCAUACCUUUUAUUUAUAAAAUAUGACAUUGGAAACUUGUAUGAUUUUGUUGAAUAUGUGUGUACAUGUUUUAAAAGUGUUUCCUCUUUUGUAAUAUACGGUUGAGUCUAUUAAUGACAUCACACGACAAGCCAAAAGGUGUUUAUACACGCAAUGUAAAUGAUGUAUUCUUCCUCUAUCACAGACUCCAAUGGUAGAUGAAAGUGACCUUUUACUGCCGUACUAUGUCGAGUGAAACAUGUAAAUGGGACACUUGCCAUUAUCUUUUACAGCAGUAAUUUUAACUGCUAUUAGCAGGCUCAAAAACACAACCAUAAUGUUUUAAAUAACAUAUUUAUGUAUUACUGUAAAAAAUAUAUGUUGCAGUAUGUUUAUUUCAUGAUUGGUGCCUUCUGAUUCCUCCUUUGCUAAGUCGCCACAAACAAUCUAAUUGCUGCUAUUUAAAACACUAUGGGCUAGAUUACAAGUGGUGUGCUAUUGUUAGCGUGAGAGCAAUGUGUGUUUUUGUGAACGCCACGCUCCAUUAAAGUCUAUGGGGAGAUAUAAGUUUCUACUUUCAAUGAGCAAUUAGUGCACUAACCUGCCUACGUUUAAAGUUUACUUUGAGCGCAGUUAGCAUGCAAGCAAAAAUAAACAAUAGCACACCACUUGUAAUCUUGCCCUCUGCUGCUUUUAAUAAAGGGUUUUAUGUUCUUUAAACAAGAUUUUAGUUUUUUAUGCUGAAGCUUUAAUAUGAUGAUAACUCUAAUUGUAACAAAUAUGUGUAGCAAUAACUUUUUUUUUUAGGAAAAACAACUGUUAUAAAAUAAAUUUUACAUGUUUUGCAA